AUGGCAAUCAAUGCUUAUUUUUCACGCGCGAUCGAUGAGCCCCCGCCUGCCAGUGCAACUACUACGUCUUCUACAUCUUCAGCUACCCCAACGGACUCGCCUCAAAAACAGUACCUAGGCGAAUGGUAUAUUGAAGGAUUUUCAAUGGUCAAUGGAGACAGUCCAGUCAAGGAAGGAGACAAAGUGGUAAUUGAACGAUCCAAGCAAGCAGCUACUUCACCUACCACCUACCGACGCAACCGGGCUGGUGGUUCACGACGCACGGCCGAAAAUAUCAUAGUCCGCUUUUCAACGACGGAAGGACGCGAAGUUGGACGACUCAAGGCAACAAAGACCAUAUCGAAGCUACUCGACCUGGAUAUAUGCGCGUUCGACGCUGACAUUGUGAUUUGUCCACCCAAGCUACAAACCGGCACAGAUAUAAUUUUGCGCAUCAAUUGCUAUUUCACCGAAAAAGCAUUCACAACAGAUAUAUUGGCAUCCUCUCCGAGUGAUGACCAGGAUAGACCUGUUUUCGAUCGGUCGGUAGAGACGCAGCAAGAACGUCUGGCGCAGGAACGAACAUUAGCUGUUUUGGAACUGUUGAAUAAAAUCAACCUGAAGCCAACACGAUCAGCUAUGCAGCGCAUGAAUAUGAAGGUUGGCCGGAACGAUGACGAGGCACGCAAUCAACUUGCACAGUCGAUAUCAACGGCACAAUCAUUACAAGGUCGUUCUGGCGAGCCGACAGAGGAAGAUGGAAUUGAUGAACCUGAGGAAAAGGAGGUCACAAAGGAACAGCUGGAUUCGAUCUACGAAAAAGCCCAAGUGUUUGACGGACAGAUUAUGCCUAUGGAUACACCAAAUCAAAUGGCGCUAUCACUCAAGCCAUAUCAGAGAAGGGCACUUGGUUGGAUGGUCCACAAAGAAUCUCUGGACCACGAAAAUGAAGACAAGAAUUUACGAGCAAUGCAUCCGUUAUGGGAAGAGUAUACGUUUUCUCGUAGCACUAAUGGAAAAUCAGAUUACUUCUACUUUAAUCCAUAUUCAGGGCAAUUAAGCUUGCAAUUCCCUGAGUUGGAAAGUCAAGAACGAGGUGGCAUCCUUGCAGAUGUGUGUCCCAUGUCGCUUCUGGCACAAUGGCGUGAUGAACUUGUUCGUGGAUCAAAGCAAGGCUCUAUUCGCGUGGAGGUAUAUUAUGGCGACAGCAGAAACGCUAAUUUGCAGGAGCAGCUUUGUCGAUGGGAUGGGUCAGCACCGGACGUACUUGUCACGUCGUACGGUGUGGUAAUGAGUGAUUGGAACCGUUCCAAUGAAGCACUCUCUACCAUUAACUUUUGGCGCAUCAUUUUAGACGAAGCACACCAAAUUAAGAACCGCACGAGCAAAACAUCACGUGCUUGUACUGCACUCAAAGCAUCUCGUCGGUGGGCCGUUACAGGUACACCGAUCCAAAACAAAUUAGAAGAUCUUUUUGCGCUUGUCCGAUUCCUGCGACACGAACCAUGGUCCAACUACACCUUUUGGCGUGCAUUCAUCACGAUACCGUUCGAAAAGAAGGAUCCGCGUGCGCUUACGGCUGUCAAGACGGUCCUCGAGCCUAUCGUGCUUCGACGAACAAAGGACAUGCGCGAUAUCAACGGCAAUCCCAUGGUACAACUUCCACCCAAAGACGUCAACAUUGAAUAUCUCCAGUUUUCCGAACCCGAGCAAGAUAUUUAUGACUCAAUAUACAAUGACUCCGAGACCAAGUUUUCUCACUUUUGCGCUGCUGGCCAAGCGCUCACCAAUUAUGCCUCGAUAUUCCAACUGUUGAUGCGUCUCCGCCAAGUCGCGUGUCACCCCUACCUUGUUUUGGGCAAGUCAGAAAAGCAGGACAGCAUCCACACUAAAGAUGGUGGCAUUACAUCCUUGGACGAUUUGGUCAAGAAGUACAGCAACAAGGAGGACUCUUAUGGCUCCAAUGUUCUCCAGCAGCUUUUGACCCGGGAGCGAGGAAACAGCGAGGAUGGUGAAGUGGAUGGGAUUUCCGAAGAGUGUCCUCUCUGCUAUGAGAUAGUGGAUACAAAGCUACUACUGCCAUGCAUGCACAUGUAUUGCCGCGGCUGCUUAACGGAGUAUUUUCAGAAAAAAGAAGACCAAGGCCUACCGUACGAUUGUCCGUCCUGUCGUAAAACAGUUGACCAAGCCGAAGUUGUGCAGCUCACCACAACCUUCCCUGACCCCUCGCUACCAUCCUCAGCAGACAUACCAUCUACCCCACGAAUUGAUGUUAGUCAAGCCAUCGGUGGAUACAAAUCGUCUGCCAAAAUCGACGCAUGCUUGAACCACUUACGGAAAUACGUACGUGAGGGCCUCAAGACUGUUGUCUUUUCGCAGUUUACGCAGUUCCUAGACAUCAUUGAGCUCGCACUCCAACGAGAAAAUAUUCAGUUCACACGACUCGAUGGCAGACAACCCCAGGCGCAACGCGAGAAAGUGCUGGUCAGCUUCUCUAACACGCAACAGAACAUAGAUGUACUGCUUAUUAGUUUACGAGCCGGUGGUGUCGGUUUGAAUUUGACUUGUGCAAGCCGCGUACUUAUGAUGGAUCCAUGGUGGAAUUAUGCUGUUGAAGCACAAGCCAUUGACCGUGUGCACCGCUUAGGACAAGAUAAUCCAGUUAUUGUUACACGCUUUAUCAUGCGAGAUACAGUGGAAGAACGUAUAUUGGAGAUUCAAGAGAAGAAGCACGACCUUGUGAACAAACUCUACAUGUCCAAAGAGGAAAGCAAGGCCGAGAAGAUGAAUGAUCUCCAGAUCCUAUUUAGAACACGUUCUGCAAGCAGUAACCACAACAACAAUCACAGAACCACCACGAACAACGAUAAUCUUAACCCCGCAUCAUCAGCAUCAUCAUCAUCCUCGACGAACAUGUCAACAUAA